AUGGCAAACCAAAACUCAAACCACAACCUCAACCAAAACCAAAACCAAAACCAAAAUCCGAACCAAUUCCAAUACCGAAGCAACUUCAAUCCCGCCCAAAAUGUUCAACCUAUACCUCAAGAACAACCGGGUGGUAGUAACAACUCUCGACCACCCACACCACCUUUCCGAAACCAAAAUCCCAACAACACCCAAAGAGCACCCCAGCAACAAAACCUUCAUCGACAAAAUUCCUUACCCAUUCACCUCGAUGACCGGAAUGUCAAUUCCGACCGUAGAGGCAAUCGAGGUCGUGGCAAUCCCGCGAAUGAAGACCCGUUCUUUAAUAUAGACGAUUUGAGAAACACUAUCCCCGAUGAUGAGUCGUUUAGUGUUCCCGGUUACCAAUCGCCGGAACAUGUGAGUGUUCAUACGGAAUAUUCGGAUGAUGGGGGAUAUUACGAUGAUCGGGCUAAUGAUGAUGAAGAUUGGGGCUAUGUGAAUAGGGGUAAUGUCUACAAUGCUAGAGGUUUUGAAGAUGAUGAGCUUGGCUAUGUGUUAUUUUUGUAG